AUGGCAUUAAAUGGAAUGGCACCAGCUUCUAUCAACGUUAUACAGCCUCCAACUUAUGGAAAAUCUAUCACCAUAUUGAGCAUUGAUGGUGGAGGCAUUAGAGGACUCAUUCCCGGAGUCAUUCUUGGAUUUUUAGAGUCUGAGCUUCAGAAAUUGGAUGGGGAACAAGUCCGGCUCGCAGACUACUUUGAUGUCAUUUCCGGCACAAGUACCGGUGGUUUAGUCACCGCAAUGCUUACUGCUCCGGACGAGAACAACCGGCCACUUUUUUCUGCCAAAGAUAUCAAGGAUUUCUAUCUUGAACAUUGCCCCAAAAUCUUCCCACAAGAGCAUUACAAUUAUUUACCCGGAUCGGCUGAGAAAAUUGUGAAAGCCAUAUCAGGACCUAAAUACGAUGGCAAAUAUCUCCAUGAACUUCUUCAUGAAAAGCUUGGUGAUAUUAAGUUACACGAAACCUUAACCAACGUUGUGAUCCCAACUUUCGACAUCAAAUUACUUCAGCCCACGGUCUUUUCCAGCUACGCGGUGAAGCAUCACCCAAGUCUAGAUGCCAACCUAAGAGACAUAUGUAUAGGAACCUCAGCCGCGCCCACGUAUCUUCCCGGUCAUUACUUCAAAACCGGAGAUUCCGAUGGUAACGAGAGACGGUUUAAUCUCAUCGACGGUGGUGUCGCCGCCAACAAUCCGGCCCUAGUGGCUAUAAAUGAAGUGACAAAGGAAGUAAGCAGGGGAAACACGGAUUUCUUUGCCAUGCAUCCACUGGAAUACAAUAAGUUCGUUGUGUUGUCUUUGGGUACUGGGACGUCCCAAGGUGAAGGCAAAUAUCAUGCGGAGCUAGCUGCUAAAUGGGGUAUUGUUGGUUGGUUGACCAAUGGCGGUUCGACUCCAUUGAUUGAUGCAUUUAUGCAAGCAAGUAGUGAUAUGGUUGAUUUUCAUCUUUCCACCAUUUUUCAAGCCCUUCAAUCCGAAGACAAUUAUCUUAGAAUCCAAGAUGACACUUUGACUGGAGAUUUGGCUUCGGUGGAUGUUGCUACAAAGGAAAAUCUGGAAAAUCUUGUUCAAGUUGGGGAGAAACUGUUGAAGAAACCAGUCAGUAAAACGAACUUGCAAACUGGUAUUUGUCAAGUGUUGGACAAAGGAACUAAUGAGGAUGCUCUCAAAAGGUUGGCGCAAACAUUGUCACAGGAGAAGCGACUUCGUGAUAUUAUGUCACCAAAUGUGCACAAGUCAAGAUCUGCGUGA